UAACCUCAACUUGACCCGGGCGAACGAUAUUCUACCACUAACACAGCAGACAGCAACUGGCAGCGAUGUUUUCCAGGGCAUGUCUACAGGGUGCACGGAGGGGUGUGCAUGUCUACAAGAGAUUCAACAGCACACUGGUAGUUGUGGAACACAACAAUGAGAAGGUGACUCCAAUCACUCUCAAUACCAUCACAGCUGCUUCAAAACUGGGUGGUGAGGUCUCCUGUCUUGUAGCGGGAUCACAGUGUGCUAAGGUUGCAGAGGAGGUAAGCAAGGUAGCAGGGGUGAAGAAGGUCCUCCUGGCUGAUAAUGAUGCCUUCAAGGGGUUUCUCCCAGAGGCCUUAACUCCCCUUGUACUGGCCACACAGAGCCAGUUCAACUUCACACACAUCUUGGCAGGCUCCACAGCACUUGGAAAGAGCUUAGCACCAAGGGUAGCAGCUAAGCUUGAUGUGUCACCAAUCUCUGAUAUUAUUGGUAUCCAGGCUGCCGACACAUUUGUCCGCUCAAUAUAUGCAGGCAAUGCAAUUCAGACCCUGAAGUCAAAUGACAGCGUGAAGGUGAUCACAGUGCGAGGAACAGCCUUUGAUGCAGCAGACCCAAGCUCAGGCUCAGCAGCACAGGAACAAGCUCCUGCCGCCACUCCUUCAGCAACAUCAGAGUUCGUGUCCCAGGAGCUCAGCAAGAGUGACAGACCCGAUCUCACCAGUGCCAAGUCAGUUAUAUCAGGAGGGCGUGGUAUGAAGAAUGGUGAAAACUUCAAGAUGCUGUAUGAUCUUGCUGACAAGAUGGGGGCAGCUGUCGGAGCAUCACGCGCUGCAGUUGAUGCAGGCUUCGUCCCCAACGACAUGCAAGUUGGACAGACAGGGAAGAUUGUAGCGCCAGACCUCUACAUUGCUGUGGGAAUCUCAGGGGCUAUCCAGCACCUGGCUGGGAUGAAGGAUAGCAAGAUCAUUGUAGCCAUUAACAAGGACCCAGAAGCUCCCAUAUUUCAAGUGGCAGACUAUGGACUUGUAGCUGAUCUGUUCAAGGUUAUUCCCGAGAUGUCCGAGUUAGUUGACAAGAAGUGAGCAAUGCUGUGGUGGUGUGAGAGUUGAGGGGUUGUCACUGCCGGGCUGUGAUACACUGUAUGCUAAACAUGUCUGUGUUCGAUUUGAAUACUCUGAUGUAUGUCACCAAUUUAUUCAGAGGGUGUGUACAAGUAACUUUGUGAAUGUUGAGUGAAUGAAAUAAAUUGCACUUAUCCCAGAA